AGCCUAAACCGGCAGCUGCAAGCACUCUCCAUGACGAAGUACGGCUCGGUGGACUCCGGGCUGAACCGCGCGGGGCUGGCGCCGGGCACCAACAAGCACGCCGUCGAGGGCUCCAACCCCAUGUGGAACGAGGCCAUCCGCGCGCCCGACUUCGACGCCAUCAGUGACGCGAGUGGCGACUCCGACCUGAUCGGCAUCGAGGACAUGCCGCAGUUCCGCGACGACUACUUCCCGCCCGGCGACACAGACUCAAGCAGCGGCAUCAUCUUGCACAUGGGCGAAGCCACGGACAACAAGCCCGUGACCACGCAUGGCAACAACUUCGGGUUCAAGUCCACCCCGUACCUGCCACAGCCGCACCCAAAGUAACUGCCAGGGUAUAACCUGUCCAGGGUGCCUACGCCGCGCGAAGUGCGCACACGCGUUUAUCAUCGGGAAACAUUAGCAUGAUAUUAUUAGUAAAGAUACCUAUGUACAUAUUGUAAAUUGUAACAUAAUUAUCUAUUUUUAUACAAAUAUAUUUUAUUUUUAUUUGCUA